UGUAACCUCACCGUCAGGGCAGGCACACCGUCAAAGCCAGCAGAGCCCAUUGGGCCUGUGUUCACUAAGCUCAAGUCCCGGCAAAUCCCUAAAAGGGACUGGUUCAACAAGGACUUCCUCUUUGGUGCCUCCACUUCAGCGUACCAGAUUGAAGGUGCUUGGAAUGAAGAUGGCAAGGGGCCAAGCACUUGGGACCACUUCUGCCACACAUAUCCUGAGCGCAUAUCCGACAAGACCAAUGGGGACGUUGCAGCAAACUCCUACCAUCUAUAUGAAGAGGAUGUCAAAGCGCUGAAGGACAUGGGCAUGAAAGUGUAUAGGUUCUCCAUCGCUUGGUCCAGAAUACUGCCAGAUGGGACGGGAAAAGUAAACCAGGCAGGCAUCGACUACUACAAUAAGCUGAUCAACUCGCUGAUAGAUAACGACAUAGUGCCAUAUGUUACAAUUUGGCACUGGGACACUCCUCAAGCACUGGAGGACAAGUACGGCGGCUUCUUAAAUAGGCAGAUUGUAGAUGAUUACAAACAAUUCGCCGAGGUGUGCUUUAAGAACUUCGGCGACAGGGUGAAGAACUGGUUCACCUUUAACGAGCCACAUACAUAUUGUUGUUUCUCCUAUGGUGAGGGGAUUCAUGCUCCUGGGAGGUGCUCGCCAGGGAUGGAUUGUGCCGUCCCAAAAGGAGACUCGCUCAGAGAGCCAUACACUGCUGGUCACCACAUCCUCUUAGCUCAUGCUGAGGCUGUUGAGCUGUUCAAAGCUUGUUACAACAAGCAUGGGGAUUCCAAGAUAGGGAUGGCCUUUGAUGUAAUGGGUCACGAGCCAUUCCAAGACUCCUUCCUCGACGACCAGGCCCGGGAAAGAUCCAUCGACUACAACCUCGGAUGGUUCCUGGAGCCAGUUGUUCGUGGUGACUACCCCUUCUCCAUGAGAUCACUGAUUGGACAUCGUCUACCCAUGUUCACUAAGGAGGAGCAGGAGAAGCUAGCGUCCUCAUGUGACAUCAUGGGGCUCAACUAUUACACCUCCAGGUUCUCCAAGCAUGUUGACAUUUCAUCAGACUUUACGCCAAAGCUGAACACCGACGACGCUUACGCCAGUUCAGAAACUAAAGGGAGUGAUGGGAAUGACAUCGGUCCUAUAACAGGGACUUAUUGGAUUUACAUGUACCAAAAAGGCCUAACAGACCUCCUUCUGAUCAUGAAGGAGAAAUACGGAAACCCACCCAUCUUCAUCACUGAGAACGGAAUCGCUGAUGUGGACAGCGACCCAACCAUGAGAGAUCCUUUGGAUGACUGGAAGAGGCUAGACUACCUCCAGCGUCACAUCUCAGCCGUCAAGGACGCAAUAGACCAGGGCGCGGACGUGCGGGGCCACUUCACGUGGGGUCUGAUCGACAACUUCGAAUGGAGCCUGGGCUACAGCUCACGAUUCAGCCUGGUCUACAUCGACAAGAAGGACGGCAACAAGCGCAAGCUCAAGAAGUCGGCCAAGUGGUUCGCCAAGUUCAACUCCGUCCCAAAACCCUUGCUUAAGACUACCAAUAACAACGCAACCGUGACUGCCUCCGUUUCCGUAUGAUGGAGAAGUGGUGCUAUGUU